AUGGGACGUCAUGCUCCCGCCGAACCAAGGCUAGUCCACUGCAAGUGGUGGAAGAGAGGCCACUGUCUACGCGGAGACUCAUGCUAUUUCCGCCAUGACCCAGCGCUGCUGGGGGUUGACCAGAAACCUGCGGCGGGCACAGCAAUUGAGAUAGAGAGCACGAUACCCCAGAAUAGCCAAACCCCCGGCCAACCAGGGGCUGCACCGCAAGGCAACGGCCCAGCUUCGACAAAAGAACAGGAGCAAUGUGCCAUUUGUUUGGAAUCUCCAAAGGUCUACGGUCUGCUGAUUCGUUGUGACCAUGUAUUCUGCUUGGAGUGCAUCAGAAAGUGGAGAGGUUCAAAAAAAGCCGAUAAAGAUGACCAUGAUGAUGAUGAGUGGGAGGCGGGCGAUAUUUGGGGAUCAGUAGCCAUCAAAUCCUGCCCUCUAUGCCGUAAACCGAGCAAAUACAUUAUACCCAGUGCUGUGUUUCCCACCCCUCCGACCCCAGAAGAUACAUCCGCCAGCUCAUUUGAGAGUGGUCCAAGUCACGACCGAUCCAAGGGGAAGAACCAUGCUCCACCAAAUCCACUGAAGGAGUCAAUUAUCAAGGAGUAUACACGGAAUAUGAAAACCAUACCUUGUCGGUAUUUCGAAGCAGCCGUCAAAAGCUGGAAGGCAAAAGUGAAACGGGAAACAGAACGCGGAAAGAAAGAGCCUCCAUUUCGACCAGUUUGCUUCUUUGUAAACAAAUGCCACUACGCUCACAUCCACCCUAUCACCAAGAAGCCAUACAUUUUCGAAGUAGGGCAUAUAGCCGAGUUACAUCGUACACGUCGUAUGCGGAGACGUAGAGAUGGAGAAUGGGAAAGGGCAGAAGAAAAUGAGUUUGUUAUCAAUGCUAUAGGAGCUCAUUACGCUCGUCUUGGGCGAAGCCAUACGGAUGUAGACGGGUAUCCGGUUGAGCCUCCGGCUCUCGAAGGUGCUGACGACGAGGAUGAUUGGGAAGACUGGGAUCUGUCUCCUGGGAUACUCCCUCAUAUGAUUCCGCUUAAUGUUUUGUGGGCAUACCAGGAGAGCGAAUCUGAUGGUAUCCCUCCAGCAAUGCUUUGA